AUGAAACAAGACAACUCUACUCCGGAUGAAACCGACCAAAAUGAUUCACCCGUCACAAACUCAAGCUGGAAGUCUUUAUUCGGUUUCACAUCGCGAAGACAUGUACCGACUCUCAUAUUAGGAUCCGUCCUCGCCCUCGUCGCUAGCUGUGUGACACCUGCCCUGGCCAUUUUCCUCGGAAAUGUCUUCGACUCAUUUACCUCUUUCGGGGCAGGAAGAAUCGAGCCGGACCGACUGCAAGGAUCUGUCAUCAAGAACUGCCUCGGGAUGAUCGGGCUAGGGGCUGCAGGCUGGUUGUUGAACGGAGCAUACUAUGCAUUCUUUGUUGCAUUCGGUGAAAUGCAGGCCUCUGCAAUCCGGAGUGACGUCUUUAUCGAACUGUUGAAGCGGGAUGUCCAGUGGUUUGAAGCCCAAAGCGAAGGUUCCGGUGCUUUUCUAUCAAGAGUUCAAGCAAAUAUCCACGAGAUGCAAAUGGCGACCUCCCAGCCUCUUGGGCUGCUCUUGCAGUACUCGGGCCGGUCACUGGCAUCCCUAGUCCUUGGUCUCUAUACAUCAUGGAGCCUGUCCCUGGUUACUCUUGCAGGAUUCCCCGUUUUCUCAUCAAUCAUCGCAUUUCUUUCAUCGAAAAUGAAAUACAGCAUUCAAGCACAGCAUGAUGAGCUCACCGCAGCUUCGAAGGUUGCAAACAAUGCUAUCACCAAUAUUGAUACGGUCAAGUACCUUAAUGGCCAAGCAUUGGAGCAUCGGAAUUUCCAUGAGCGCAUCGAAGCUUCUGCCAUACAUUAUCUCCGACAAGCCCGGCUCAACUCGCUCCAAAUUGCGUUCAUUCGAUGGAUGAUGUUUGGAAUGUUCGUUCAGGGUUUCUGGUACGGAAGCUCACUUGCUCGAUCCGACAAACUUACAUCUGGUGAGGUUCUCAGGACGUUCUGGGCAUGCUUGACAGCGGCCCAGUCCAUUGAACAGGUCUUACCACAGAUGAUUGUGAUGGAAAAGGGGAAGGCCGCUGGUGCUGCUCUCAAAUCAAUCAUUGAAAGAACAAAGAACAGACCUGUGAGCGACAUCAGAGGGCGAUAUCCACUGCACUGUGAGGGUGAUAUAGAGGUCAAAAAUGUCUCAUUUGCGUAUCCUAGCCAACCGGACCACCUGGUCCUCAAGCCAUCUACCUUCUUCUUCCCAGCUGGCGAAACGACAUUUGUCAUAGGGAAAAGCGGAUCUGGCAAAAGCACACUCAGCCAAUUGCUAAUGCGGUUUUAUUUACCCACAUCAGGCGAGAUCACGAUAGAUGGUACUCCGAUGCAAGAACUUGACGUCAACUGGAUCCGAAACAAUGUCACACUCCUGGAACAGAAGAGUGUGUUAUUUAACGAGUCUAUGCUGACGAACAUUGGGUUUGGUCGUCAGGAUUAUGAGACCGUCACAAAAGACGACGUCCAAAACUCCAUUGAUCUCGCUAUGCUUCAAAACACCAUAGAUGGUCUCCCUCUGGGCAUUGACACUAGUCUUGGCCCGGGUGGGAGCUUCUUGAGCGGCGGUCAGAGACAGAGGGUUGCCAUCGCCAGAGCAAAGCUACGAGACACACCUAUCUUGAUACUGGAUGAACCGACAAGUGCACUUGAUCAUACCAAUCGAGUCGCAGUGAUGAAAGCGAUUCGUGAAUGGCGGAAAGGAAAGACCACCAUAAUAAUCACGCACGACAUGUCGCAAAUCUCGGAGACUGACUUCCUAUACAUUCUCGAACAAGGCUUGAUUGUCACUUCGGGCUACAGGCACGCGGUCGAGAUGAGCCCGGGGAGCGAGAAGUAUUUUCACUCUAAACCGAGCGGUGGCUUUGAAAAAAGAGGUCAACGAUCUAAAAGAGCACUCGAUGAUCUCGAUGUUGGGUUAGGCAUGUCUUCCGACAGUAUGGAGACGCUACUUCCCCCGAUGGCGCUGCGUGGGCAUCGUCGUUCCAGGACCUCCUGGGCCCAAGGUCACAUUCCACCCACUCUCCGCUCCAGCUCACUAGACUUGACGUCGAGAUCCAGAAGUAGCUCAGAUACUAUGGUCAGGCCGAGAGUGUUUGAGGCGCUACCCGCGCGUGAUUGGAGCCAACGUGUGUCUUUCUUGGCAGAGGGCCUCAGUCCCACUUCUGACUCGAAUGAAAGCAUGGCGAAGUUCACAACGGAAGAGGUUGAAAUGAAAUCAAUCGAAACAAAAAGCACACCGUUCAAUUCAGGCUAUCAUGAACAUGAUCAUGCGGCAAAUGAUCCGGCCCACGUUAAGAAUCAUCGAAAAAGUCGACGCCGUUCCAAGAAGCCAAAAGAGCUGUCGUCCAUGCAAGAUGGUAUGACACCACUCUCGCAUAUCAUGAAAACCAUCAUACCAAGCCUCAAUCUCAAGCAGCGAGUGCUGCUUCUCCUGGGCCUCUCGGCAUCAUUGGCUCAUGCCAGCGCUACCCCAAUAUUCUCGUACUGUUUAUCGCAGCUGUUCGGCACCUUCUACGCAGGAGGCGAUAGUGAAUACAUGACAAUGAAAUGGUCUCUCGCCGUACUCGGCGUCUCCUUCGGGGAUGGUGCCGCGUCUUUCUUCAUGCACUACUUCCUCGAACUAUGCGGUGAGGCUUGGAUGGAUAGCUUCCGGAAACGCGCGUUUGAGCGAAUUCUCGAUCAAACAAAAGCCUGGUUUGAGAAGGCUGGCAACGGAUCCCUUCGGCUCACUUCGGCACUUGAUCAGAAUGGAGAGGACAUGCGGAACUUGUUGGGUCGGUUUGCCGGCUUUGUCGUCGUCGCUGCAGCAAUUACUGUGAUGUCGAUCAUCUGGAGUUUGAUAGUCUGCUGGAAGCUGACACUUGUCGCCCUAUCAUGCGGCCCGGUGAUUUACAUCAUCACACGAGGCUUUGAGGGAACCAACGGCCUCUGGGAAAGGCGGUGCAACGACGCAAACAGUGUUGCAGCCGAUGUGUUCACAGAGACAUUCUCUGAGAUUCGUACAGUAAGAACAUUGACGCUCGAAGGCCACUUUCACCGAAAGCAAGCAAAUGCCAUCGCCCAAUGCCUGUUGCUCGGACUGAAACGUGCCAUGUACACGGGCAUGUUGUUUGGAAUGGUAGAAUCGACUGUCAUCUUCUCUACCGCCCUGAUAUUCUACUAUGGAGCCGUGCUUGCGGCAGCCGGAGAAUUCAAAGUGAACGACGUGAUGAUGGUGUUUUCUAUGCUGCUAUUUAGCAUCGGUUAUGCGGCACAGAUAUUGUCAUGGAUUCCACAAAUCAACACUGCUCGUGAGACGGCGACGCAGCUCAUUCGUCUUGCAAGACUCCCUCGCGAUGGGUCGCAUGAGCACAUUGGCUCUGUGACAGUCUCAAGUCUCACUCCGAUCAAGCUCACCAAUGUGGAUUUCAAAUAUCCAUCCCGUCCCAACACACUUGUGUUGAGAAACGUUUCUCUUGAGAUCCCACGCAACUCCUGCACGGCACUCGUAGGACGGUCGGGAUCUGGAAAGUCCACCAUCGCAUCACUCAUCCUAGCACUCUAUGAAGCGCCACCUACUGCGACGGGGCGACCUGCUGUCACACUCGGCGGCGCGGACAUCCUUCGUUUGCAUGUUCCGACCCUUCGAUCCCAGAUAUCCGUAGUGUCACAACAGCCAACGAUCUUUCCCGGGACAAUCCACGAGAACAUCACAUACGGUCUGGAUCAACACUCUCCCCUCUCCACGUCGCAUAGUGUCCGCGCUGCGGCAGAAGGGGCCGGUAUUGAUGACUUCAUCUCAUCCCUUCCGCGAGGCUACAAUACCAUCAUCGGAGAUGGCGGAGUUGGCCUUUCGGGCGGACAAAAGCAGCGCGUGGUCAUUGCCCGGGCGCUCUUGCGUCAGCCUCAAAUCUUGAUCCUCGACGAGGCCACGUCCAGUCUCGAUCCUGCUGGUGCCGAAAUCGUGCGUCACACCGUCCAGCAUUUGGUCGCGACGCGUCGGGGCCUCACAGUCAUCAUCAUCACACACGCCAAGGAGAUGAUCGAAAUUGCCAAUCAGGUCGUAGUCCUUGACCAGGGGGUCGUAGUCGAAGAUGGACCGUAUGCACAACUGUCGAAGAUGACUGGAGGAAAAUUGCAUGCUUUACUCAGUGACCCGGAGGAAGUCGCAUAG